CCCCUGCCCGCGCCCGCCUCGCCGCCACCGUCACGUAGCCGCGGCUCCAGCCAGCGCCGCGGCGGCGGGCUCGCAGGGGGGUCGGGGGGAGCCGGAGCCCGGGCCGGCCGGCGGGGGUACAUGCGGGAGGACGUGGAGACUCUGAACAGCUCGCUGCCCCCGCCGCUGCCCGAGCCGAUGGUCCCUUCAGAUCCCCUGGGUUUCUGGCGUGGAGGUUGGAGCUGCGGCCGGAGAGACGCUCGGCCAAGCCGGCCCCGGCGAGGAAAGCGGCGCCCGAGGCCGCGUCUCCAUCCCGCCCGGGCCUGGGGGAGGGGGCGCCGGCACGUGACCCGCGUGGACGCGCGGGCUGGGCAGUCGCUGUUAUUGCCGGGCGGUUCGUGUGCCCGGCGUCUCCGCCUCCAAGUUGUAGACCGGAUCCUCGAUUCUCAAACCAUGAAUUAUGUGGGACAGCUGGCUGGCCAGGUGAUUGUCACUGUGAAGGAGCUCUACAAGGGCAUCAACCAAGCCACUCUGUCUGGGUGCAUCGACGUUGUCGUGGUGCGGCAGCAGGAUGGCACCUUUCAGUGUUCACCGUUUCACGUUCGGUUCGGGAAGCUGGGAGUCCUGAGAUCCAAAGAGAAAGUGAUUGAUAUAGAAAUCAAUGGCGAUGCCGUGGAUCUUCACAUGAAAUUGGGUGACAAUGGAGAAGCUUUCUUUGUGGAAGAGACUGAAGAGGAAUAUGAGAAGCUUCCUGCUUACCUUGCCACCUCACCAAUUCCUACUGAAGAUCAGUUCUUUAAAGAUAUUGACAGCCGUUUGGUGAAAUCUGGUGGAAAUGAAAGACCAUCUCAGAGUUCAGACAUCUCACACAUCUUGGAAACAGAGAGAGUUUUCACUCCAAGUUCUGUGAAAAAGAAAAAACGAAGGAGAAAGAAAUGCAAACAGGACAGUAAGAAGGAAGACCAGGCCUCUUCCCCUGCUGCAGAGGACAUGGUGGAUGUGAACCUGAGCUCUGACGAUGACAAGCGGGCCCAGUCAGCAAGAGGAUCUUCAAAUGCUUCCUUAAAGGAAGAGGAAUAUAAAGAGCCUUUGCUCUUCCAUUCUGGGGAUCACUACCCCUUAUCUGAUGGAGACUGGUCCCCUUUAGACAACCCCUAUUCCCCGACGGCAGUGUGCCCUAAGAGCGAUUCAGAGCUAGAGGUGAAACCCGCCGAGAGCCUGCUCAGAUCUGAGUCCCACAUGGAGUGGACGUGGGGCGGGUUCCCAGAGUCCACCAAGGUCAGCAAAAGAGAGAGACCUGACCAUCAUCCUAGGACGGCUACGAUUACUCCAUCAGAAAAUACCCAUUUUCGGGUAAUUCCCACUGAGGACAGCCUCAUAAGUGAUGUUGAAAAGGAUGCUUCCAUGGGAGAAACGGUCUGUACCAUUGUGAAACCCAAACCCAGAGCCCUGUGUAAGCAGAUGAGCGAUGCUACUGGAGCUGCAGAACUUCUCGAACCUCUCCUUGAGCCUCCUCCGAUCUCAUCUAUGUUAGAUGCGGACCACCUUCCUAACCCCUCGUCAGUGGAGGCUCCAUCAGAAUCAAAACCAGCAGCUAAAGUAGACUCGCCGUCAAAGAAGAAAGGUGUCCACAAGAGAAGCCAACACCAGGGACCUGAUGAUAUUUAUCUGGAUGACUUAAAGGCUCUAGAACCUGAAGUUGCAGCUCUCUAUUUCCCUAAAAGUGAAUCAGACCCUGUCUCCAGGCAGUGGCCCGAGUCUGACACGCCCUCUGGCUCCCAGUCCCCACAGUCCGUGGGAAGCGCAGCCGCCGAUAGCGGCACUGAGUGCCUCUUGGAUUCUACCAUGGACUUGCCCGACGUCACCCUCUCCCUUUGUGGGGGCCUCAGUGAGAACGGAGAAAUUUCUAAAGAAAAAUUCAUGGAGCAUAUCAUUACUUAUCAUGAAUUUGCAGAAAACCCUGGACUUAUAGACAAUCCUAACCUUGUAAUACGGAUAUAUAACCGUUACUAUAACUGGGCUUUGGCCGCUCCCAUGAUCCUUAGCUUGCAAGUGUUCCAGAAGAGUUUGCCUAAGGCCACAGUCGAGUCCUGGGUCAAAGAUAAGAUGCCAAAGAAAUCUGGUCGCUGGUGGUUUUGGCGUAAGAGAGAAAGCAUGACGAAACAGCUGCCGGAGACCAAGGAAGGGAAGUCGGAGGUGCCGCCGACCAGUGACCUGCCGUCGGGCGCAAAGGAGCCGGCUGGUGGCAGGCUGGCCGAGGAUGACUCGUCGAGUGACGAGGGAUCACAGGAGCUGGAAGAAUCGAUCAAAGUGGACCCCAUCCCCACAGAGCCCCCAAGCCGCUGCAGCACCACCUCGUAUAAGAAGUCUCUUCGACUCUCCUCGGACCAGAUUGCAAAACUGAAGCUCCAAGAUGGCCCAAAUGAUGUUGUUUUUAGUAUUACAACCCAAUAUCAAGGUACCUGCCGCUGUGCAGGGACCAUUUACCUGUGGAAUUGGAAUGACAAGAUCAUCAUUUCGGAUAUUGAUGGAACAAUAACCAAGUCUGAUGCUUUGGGACAGAUUCUUCCACAGCUGGGUAAAGACUGGACUCAUCAGGGUAUAGCGAAGCUCUACCAUUCCAUCAACGAGAAUGGCUACAAGUUUCUGUACUGUUCUGCCCGUGCCAUUGGCAUGGCCGACAUGACCCGUGGCUACUUGCACUGGGUCAAUGACAAGGGCACGAUCUUGCCCCGGGGCCCUCUGAUGCUGUCCCCCAGCAGCUUGUUCUCGGCCUUCCACAGGGAAGUAAUAGAAAAGAAACCAGAAAAGUUCAAAAUUGAGUGUCUAAACGAUAUCAAGAAUCUGUUUGCCCCAUGUAAGCAGCCCUUCUAUGCUGCCUUUGGAAACCGUCCAAAUGAUGUCUAUGCUUACACGCAAGUUGGAGUUCCAGACUGCAGAAUAUUCACUGUGAACCCCAAGGGAGAAUUAAUACAAGAAAGGACCAAAGGAAACAAGUCAUCGUAUCACAGACUGAGCGAGCUCGUGGAGCAUGUGUUCCCACUUCUCAAUAAGGAACAGAAUUCCGCCUUUCCAUGCCCAGAGUUCAGCUCCUUCUGCUACUGGCGAGACCCAAUCCCCAAAGUGGACCUGGAUGACCUGGCCUGAGGCAGCACCUCGGGGGGAGGUCCUCAGUUACUCGCCUGGAAGCGAGAGAAAGUGACUGGCAUUUCUGCUGGACAGAGGACACUGGGCUCUCCGAGCCACAAGCGUGGAACAAGACAUGAGUUGCCGGGCGGGCACCAGCAGGGACUGAGAGAGCUCCUGGAGCUGGAGCUGCUGCCCUCCUGCACCUUCGCGGAUCUGGCGGGGUUGCUGCAGCUCAGGGCCCUGGCGGGAGAAGGGAGGGGAGCUCAGACCUGUGGUUGGAGGCCUGCACUCCUGUCACUGGUCGGUCCUCACACACGCUGUGUCAGGUUGUGUACUGGGUGCUCCUUUAAUUGAAUAAUUUAAAAGGAAGAAAAAAGAAGCUAAAUAAGAGUGGACCAAAACAUUGCGCAAAGUAAAGUGUUAUAAUUUCCACUGGGCAACUGAGAGUGUUUCUUUCUAAAACCAAGGCUUUCUUCAGAGUAUCAGUCAGGGUCCACCAACUGCUGCAGGUCCAGUUAGUGAUGUUGGAUCAAACCGCCUGUGCACGUUCCUUCUCUGGGCUCCUCCUUCCCUGCCACACUGAAACAGGACAACUGCUCAGCCGGGCUGGGUGGGGCCCCAGGGCCACUAAUCCCAGCCCCACAAACAUGGGCUUCUAGGGAAGAAAAGCCCCUUCGAUCAUCGCCUUCUCAUCUGUGACUACUCCCUGAUGAGAGACCCUUAGGUUAUGUCUUGGACCUAGCCAGAAGAAACAGGUGUUGCCGGAUAUAUUUGGUGUCUGUAAGAACUGUACUAACAGUGGGAGUUAGUUAAACAACAACAGCCCUGUUUUCAGGGAGGCCUUAGAAACGCAGAUGUGCAUGCACGUUGGGUCCUGGAAGAGUCCUUUUCUGUGUCCCUCUGCCUGCAGCUCAGUUUCCCAGCCUGGUUGUAAGGAGCUCAUGUCAGAGUCCGAGCAGACAGCACAUGGAAGGGUUCUGUCUCAUAAGCCCCUCCAGAGCUGUGGGCGCCUAGAGACGUCAGGCUGGGUGUUGGCAUCACCUCAGUAUUAAAGUCAAGAGAACUUAGAGGCUUCCAGGGGACCAGAAAUGACCAGACAUAGGCCUCUGCUGGUGAGAACUCAGUGGGCCGAGUUCCAGAGCAGAGAGUGGGAGCCGCAGGUACAGGUCCCCACUCUGGAAGGUCUCCAUGUCCACCUCGGCUUUCCCCUGUACUUGAGAGUCUCCUAGUUUCAGUUUGCUUCACCCAAAAUAAUACUGAUCUAGAGAUGGAGAAAUGGGGGCGGUUAUUUUUCCAGAUUGGAGAGUUACAAGUCCCUGAUGUAGUUCAGCGGUUUUCCUAGUGCUGUUGGAUGCAGAGACGAUGGUCAAGUCCCGUGAACAUGGUUCUCAGUAGGCGUGUUCCGGGAGGAGGAACGAUACACACUUCCUCCAGUGCAAACCUUCCCACCUUAAAUAGUUCAAGGAUUGCUUUAUGAGUUCAUUUAUGUCGGUAGGUUAGAGAAGCUAGGCUAUGUUUAUAUGAAGUUCUGCCCAGUUAGUGAAUUGAAGUCCUAGCAGAGCAGCAUCUGUUGAUCUCAUAGAUGUCAUCGUCAUGUUCUCAACCGUAUUUGCUUUAGAGGAAGAACGUGAGCUUUACGUGCUUGACCUGAGCUUAGCAGGGCUUCUUUGCCUAUGUGCGGUGCGAAAAAUCAUAUCCACCUUCUGUAGUUUUUCUUAGGUUGUCCUUGAAAGAGUUUUUGACUAGACGGUUUUUUUCUUGAUAAGCUCUUCUCUCUGGACACAGGGACCUCGUUAGAUGGUCCAGCCUAGGAACCCGGGUCUCCCUGCCCUGCGUUGAGUGUGAUCCUUCUGUCCCCAUGUCCAUAAGCACUAGACUUUGUAAUUUUGUUGCUGCAGAUUGAUCCGGUGGGUACAUGCGCUAAUUAACGAGUCUUUUCCUUCUUUAAAGGAGUCCCUCUGGCUGAAAGUAGAUGAUUACUAUUACUAUAUAUAGUGUUAUGAAAGUAUUAAGUUUGUGCUGAAAAUCCAUUGCCAUUUGGUACAAAUGACAUUUGUUCUUUCUGUGAAAGAGAGAUGCCCUCGAGUGUGUUUGUACACAGAUCCUUACGAUGGUGAGUUAAUGUGGAAGCGUUAGCCUCGUGCUCCUUUCAGUGAUGGGCGGUAUCACGGGGAGAUUGCAGGCAGAUUGGGCUCUUCUAAGUCCUCCUCUAGGCUGCUCCACUGGGGAAAUGGCCAUGGGCCCUUUCCCUCUUUCCAGUUCAGCCUAACUUUAGCAUUUGCCUUGAAGUCCGCAUGUGGAAGCUUGUGCAGCUAUGGUGCCGACAUCCGCAUCUCUGGCAGGCGUUAGGAAGUAACACAUGUAGGCCCGGAGCAUGCAAACUCAGCCCCCGUGUGUGAGUACUGUGCUUGCUGUGCUUAAAAAAAUCUGCGUAGUUUUCAACUGGAAAAAGAAAAAACUAGUGUGAUGUCCUAUAAUGAAAGCUGCUGACAAUCAGAGGGAGAACAGCUGAGGAACAACAGCCAGCUAUAAUGCCUGAGAAGUACUCACGCCCUGUAGUUGGCACCCCGCCCUCCUGGAGUGUGUUCUUGAAGGUGCAGGCAAGACCUUUUGAAAACAGGUAGAAAGUAAACUCUGUUUUCACAAGUUGGUGAAUACAGACUCUUCCAGGGAAUUUUAUCAUCUUUUUAAGUAUCAUCAUGUUUACUCUGGGAAGUCUUGUUUGUUUUCCCCUGUUUUGGAGCAUGCUGGGUUUAAUGAAAUUAAGUUCUUGCUUAAAGUAACUGCUCUUUCCAGGUGAAAGCUACUUUUUUGGUUUGUAUGGAAGGUAAGAAAGGGAGGGAGAAACUUUGCUCUUUUAAUUUAAUAGUUACAUUCGGUCUGUGAUGAAGUAUUUGAUUAUUAGACAGCAAUGCCACUAAUAAGUUUUAAGUUGUCAGAAAUUAAUUGUAAACAUCAGUCCAGUACUCUUAGUUAUGGCAAAGACAGUUGUCUUAAGAUAAAUGGCUCAUAUUUUGGUGCAGUGUUUGAUGUUCAAAACAAAAUGUUACAACAAUAAACAAAUGUAAACUGAA